GAGCCAGAUAAAUUUUAACCCUUUAGAGAAAAUAAAAUGGCGACCAAUAGAGGUGGAAGAAUUGAGGUACCUGGAAAUGUAACCAAAGAGCCUGUAAAAGUUGGAGCAAGCCCAGGAAGCAAAGACAGUUUAAACGAGGUAGCUAUUGAAGCUAAUAAGAAGGAAAAUGAGCCAGUCAAAGCCACAAAUGCUGUCGGUAGUAACAAGGGACUCAUAGGAGGAGGAGGAGGGGAACAGCAGAGGGAACAGCUACAGAGAGCCUUCCUUCAAUUAAUGGAGAAUGCAAAAUCCCAUUCAAGAGGAUCUAGUGCAUUAUCAUCAGUCAAUCCAGUACAAGGCAGCCAGAAGAAAAGUGUGUCAAUACCUCUAAUGGACCCUGCUGAGUUCAACAGAUUUGUCUCUCUGAUCUCCUCCUCUUCAUCCAGUUCUUCCGUAUCGUCAACAAAAUCAACAAAAAAGGAGGACGCUCCUCUCCCUAAAAUAGUCAAAAAGUCCCCGAGUAAGUUACUUAAGAUUCCAAGGAAGGAGGGCCCAGCCUUGACUGGCAGAGGAUCGGUAAAGAAAGCAGGAAAUUGCACUUUACCAUCAAAUAAAGUUAGACUCUUGAUGAAGACGACACCGAAUGCUAUUGCAGUGUCACAGGAAUCAGUAGCUGUGGCUGGAAAGGCAGCAGAAUUAUUCAUUCGUAAAUUGGCUCUGGAUUCUUACAAUGUGUCAAAUAGUUCCAGCACAAAUCAAAGCCAACAGAUCACUUAUACACAUCUAGCUCAGGCAGUACAGCAAAACACAAAUCAAAUGAAGUUUCUUCAUGAUUUUGUUCCACACAAAGUGAAAGCUAAAGAUCACAUUACAAAUUUCCCACCACCACCAUCACCACCACAGUGGGGAAAACAGGAACAGGAAGUACAGGGACAAAAGGACGAAGGCAAAAAGAUUGAGGAGCUAUGUUAAUACACUCUUUACUCUCACAUUUACUUAAUUAUUAUUGUCAUGAAUUCAAAUGUUAUGAUAAAAUGAUUAACGUGAA